AUGGAUUCAGCACCCAAACGACGUCGCAUUUCACGCUCUCCAUCACCGACGUACAAAUUCGGUGACGACGAUGACUAUGUGCCCUACGUUCCUGUCGCUCAACGGCGAGAAGCCAAGCUGGCGAAGCUUUCUUCAUUAAACACCGUUUCUGACAGGACGAAGGCAAAGAAGCAGCUAGAAGAACUAUUGGAGCGCGAAGAUGCAGAGAGGGAAGAGGAACGCCAACGCGAGAAGACACGGAAGGAGAGGCCGUUACUCAUGGAAGCACAGGAAGUGCACGAGCGCAAAGCUGCAGAGAAUGCAAAGAAGACUGAUGUAGAAAAAGAAGAAGAGGCAGAUGCAGAGAUACUUGCUGCCAUAGCAAGUCGCAGGAAACUCGCAUCUGAUCUAGAGCUUGCGAAAGGUAUAUCGUACACAGACUCCCUUACAACAUCGUGGCGGCCGCCGAAAUAUAUUCGAGAGCGCACAGAUGAGCAACAUCGACGACUGCGAGAGAAAUACCACAUCAUUGUGGAUGGAGAAGACAUACCUCCUCCUAUCGAGCACUUUUCGGACAUGAAGAUCCCAGAAUUGAUGCUGCAAUUUCUAAAGUCCAAGAAAAUCACUACGCCAACACCUAUCCAAUUACAAGGGAUACCCACUGCAUUUGCUGGCCGAGAUAUGAUUGGCAUUGCUUUCACUGGUUCGGGCAAAACGCUCGCCUUUUGCCUUCCCUUGAUCAUGCUCGCACUGGAAGAAGAGACGAAGCUCCCGUUUAUUCGUGGAGAAGGCCCAGUAGGUGUUGUUCUCUGUCCCUCACGUGAGCUGGCUACACAGACAUAUGAAAAUGUGCUUGCCUGGACAGGCGCGCUUGCGAGGGACGGAAAGUAUCCACAGCUCAAUACCCUCCUCUGUAUUGGCGGUAUAUCAAUGGGCGAACAGAGUCACGUGCUCAACAAGGGUUUGCACAUUGUGGUAGCGACUCCUGGCCGUCUGAUUGAUAUGCUGGAGAAGCGAAAAUUUACAUUCAAACAACAGCAAGACGACGUACGCAACAUUAUGAGCUUUUUCAAGCGACAACGGCAAACCUUACUUUUCUCUGCGACAAUGCCCCGAAAGAUUCAAGACUUCGCACAGCAGUCUUUGAUCAAACCUGUUCUUGUGAAUGUCGGCCGUGCUGGCGCCGCGAAUUUGGACGUUCUUCAGGUGGUGGAGUAUGUUAAGCAGGAGGCGAAGAUGGUUUACUUGCUGGAGUGCCUUCAGAAAACUGCUCCUCCGGUUAUUAUCUUCAGUGAGAACAAAAAUGAAGUUGAUGAUAUACAAGAAUACCUCCUGCUGAAAGGUGUCGAGGCUGUGGCAAUUCACGGUUCAAAGACCCAGGAAGAACGACAAUACGCCAUUAAAUCGUUUAAGUCCGGCGCCAAAGAUGUUAUGGUGGCUUCGGGCGUUGCUUCUAAGGGCCUCGACUUCAACGAUAUCCAACACGUCAUCAUCUUCAGCAUGCCCAAGGAGAUCGAGGACUAUGUGCAUCAAAUUGGCCGUACGGGACGUAGCGGAAAGACUGGCAUAGCUACGACGUUUGUGAAUAUGACAACACCAGAGCAGACACUUCUAGAUCUGAAAUAUUUGUUGAUGGAGGCUGGACAGAAGGUUCCGCCCUUCCUGCAGACCAUCGAUGAUCCUCGAGCAGCACAGGGUGGCUCGCUCAAAGGUUGUCCCGUAUGUGGAGGCCUUGGACAUGGGAUAUCGAAUUGCCCGAAGUUGGAAGAUGCUCAGAGACGACAAAUGGCAUCGCACAGAGCUGCUGAUGAUGGAGGGGGUUAUUGA